AUGGCGCAGUUCGUGUUCGAGAGCGACUUGCACGCUCUGCUUCAGCUGGACACGCCCAUCCCCAAUGCACCCAUUGCGCGCUGGCAGCGCAAAGCCAAGGAAGCCACGGGCCCGGCCCCCUCGCCCAUGCGGGCUGCCAACAGAUCUCACAGCGCCGGCCGGACCCCGGGCCGAACUCCUGGCAAGUCUAAUUCCAAGGGUCAGACCACCCCUAGCAAACCUGGAGGUGACCGCUAUAUCCCACACCGCAGUGCUUCCCAAAUGGAGGUGGCUAGCUUCCUCUUGAGCAAGGAGAACCAGCCGGAAGACGGGGAGACGCCCACCAAGAAGGAGCAUCAGAAAGCCUGGGCUCUGAACCUGAACGGUUUUGAUGUGGAGGAAGCCAAGAUCCUCAGGCUCAGUGGAAAACCUCAGAAUGCCCCAGAAGGCUACCAGAACAGACUGAAAGUACUCUACAGCCAGAAAGCCACGCCUGGCUCCAGCCGGAAGACUUGCCGAUACAUCCCUUCCCUGCCAGACAGGAUACUUGAUGCCCCCGAGAUCCGAAAUGACUACUACCUGAACCUUGUGGAUUGGAGCUCUGGAAAUGUACUGGCUGUGGCACUGGACAACAGUGUGUACUUAUGGAAUGCUGGUUCUGGUGACAUCCUGCAGCUGUUGCAAAUGGAGCAGCCUGGGGACUACAUAUCCUCCGUGGCCUGGAUCAAGGAGGGCAACUACCUGGCUGUGGGCACCAGUAACGCUGAAGUGCAGCUCUGGGAUGUGCAGCAGCAGAAACGGCUUCGGAACAUGACCAGUCACAACGCUCGAGUAAGCUCCCUAAGUUGGAACAGCUAUAUUCUGUCCAGUGGUUCACGCUCUGGCCACAUCCACCAUCAUGAUGUACGGGUAGCAGAACACCAUGUGGCCACACUGAGUGGCCAUAGCCAGGAAGUAUGUGGGCUGCGCUGGGCCCCAGAUGGACGUCAUCUGGCAAGCGGUGGCAACGAUAACGUGGUCAACGUGUGGCCUAGUAGUCCUGGAGAAAGUGGCUGGGCUCCCUUACAGACAUUCACUCAACACCAAGGUGCUGUCAAGGCUGUUGCAUGGUGUCCCUGGCAGUCCAAUAUUCUGGCAACAGGAGGCGGCACCAGUGACCGACACAUCCGAAUUUGGAAUGUCUGCUCUGGGGCCUGUCUGAGUGCUGUGGACGCCCAUUCCCAGGUGUGUUCCAUCCUCUGGUCUCCCCACUAUAAGGAGCUUAUCUCAGGCCAUGGCUUUGCCCAGAACCAGCUGGUUAUUUGGAAGUACCCAACCAUGGCCAAGGUGGCUGAGCUCAAAGGUCACACAGCCCGGGUCCUGAGUCUUACCAUGAGUCCAGAUGGGGCCACAGUGGCAUCAGCAGCAGCCGAUGAGACUUUGCGGCUGUGGCGCUGCUUUGAGUUGGACCCUGCCCUGCGGCGGGAGAGGGAGAAAGCCAGUAUAGCUAAAAGUAGCCUUAUCCACCAGGGCAUCCGUUGAAAACAGACCCCUUUUGGUUUUUUUGUUGUUUUUUUAUUUUUCUAAUAAAGUUGUAUCUUCCUUU